AAUACACAGAUUGGGCCUCGUUUCCUAAGAUAGCUCGCGGCCAGUGUAAGGCGUAAGGCACACUGCCUCAUUGGAGGGAGCUGCGAUGGCUCUUGAGUACACUGACGAGCAGCAAAUGCUCACCGACUUGACCAAGCCCCGUAUCCUUCUUAUGGGCCCCCGUCGCAGUGGAAAAACCAGCAUUUUACGCGUCGUUUUUCAAAAAAUGCCUCCCCACGAAACUUUGUUUCUGGAGAGUACCCACGCCGUCGACAUCCGCUUGGCCAACAACAACCCCUUUCUGCAUUUUCAAAUCUGGGAUUUCCCCGGAGAUUUUUUUUUCUAUCGUGUGAGCCGUAACGGAGGGGAGGGAGGGGGAGGGGGAAGGGAAUUGGGCGGGAGCAUGACCCAGGAGGGAGAAGGGGAGGGUCCGAAAGAGAGAGAGCUUCUGGACGAAGUCGGCGUCUUCGGCGUCCCCGCAGCCUUGGUCUUCGUCUUGGAUGCACAGGACGAGCCCUACCACGAGGCCUUGACCCGUCUUGUGGACCUGGUGGCCCGGGGCCAGAGCGUGAACCCGUCGCUACAUGUGGUCGUUUUCAUCCACAAGGUGGACGGAGACCUCUUCCUUUCGGACGAGCACAAGGUCGACUGCCAGCGUGACGUCCAACACCGGAUCGCCCAGGAGCUCCGCGACGCCUCCCUUGAGCACGUGGAGGUUUCAUGUUUUCUCACCUCGAUUUACGACCACUCGAUCUUCGAGGCCUUUUCCAAGAUCGUCCAGCGCCUUACUCACCAGCUGCCCGUGAUGGAGAAUCUGCUCAACUACCUAAUCAGCGCCUGCAAGAUGGAGAAAUCUUUCCUCUUCGACGUGGUCAGCCGCCUUUAUCUGGCCACAGACUCGAAUCCAGUUGACAUGCAGACGUACGAGAUGUGCGUGGAUAUGAUCGACGUGGUCGUGGACGUCUCCUGUAUCUAUGGUGUCAAAUACGACGCGGAGGGGGAGGCGCAGGGCCCAGUCUACGACUCAGACUCCUCCUCGACGAUCCACCUUAGCAAUGGCAUGGUCCUCUACCUCCGAGAAGUGGACGACUAUCUCGCCUUUGUCGGACUGAUGCGGGCGGAAAAUUUUCAAAAGAAAGGCCUGAUUGAUUUUAACAUUGACUGCCUGAAACGUUCGUUAGGGCGUCUCUCAAGCGAGGGUGGAAGUGGGGGAGGUGGGAAAGGAGAUGUUCACGAAGAAAAGAGAAACAUCAUGAGCGGCGCGUCUCGCAAAGGUACUCCCGAUCCCUACCAGAGAAUAAGGAAUGGGCCAGCGUCGAUGAGCGACUUUGGAGAAAUAAAGUAAAAACAUAUCUUCGACACCGCAA